AUGGCCCCUUAUAAAGCACUCUACGGCCAGAAGUGUCGAUCACCCCUCUGCUGGACGGAACUAAGUGAAAGAACAGUUUUAGGACCAGACUUGGUAGAUGCCACCACGGAGAAGAUUGAGGUCAUCAAACAGAAGGUCACACCCACUAUUGGCAUUGGGAGGUCCAUUAAAGCGAAGAAGUUAUCUCCUAGAUUUCUUGGACCCCUUGAAAUUUUGGAGAGAAUUGGAGAAGUAGCCUAUAGUGUGGCUUUACCUUCGCAUUUGUCCAAUGUGCACAAUGUGUUUCAUAUGUCCCAACUUAAGAAGUACCACCCUGAUCCGUCUCAUAUCCUAGAACUUGAAGAGGUGGAGUUAGACGACAACCUAACUUACCAAGCAGAACUGGAAAGAAUUCUUGAUGUAAAGGAUAAACAGUUGAGAAAUAAGACCAUUCAGUUGGUAAAGGUGUUUUGGAAGGGCAUGAGUUUGGGUGAUGCCACCUGGGAGACGGAAGAACGGAUACAGCGCGAGUACCCUCUUUUGUUUUCUUAG